GGGGUGUAGCUGCCUUCGAGUUUUUAGCCUUUCAGAAGGGUUCCGGUUUCGAGUCUCCGAUGGUGCAUCUUUUUGGGACCCGGUGAUUGGCCACUAAGCAUGCGAUGGCUGUGCUGAAACUUGAAACAACACAUCAAGCCUUGGGUGCUGCUGCUUCGUUACAAGUAUGGCUGCCUUAAUCAUUGGGAUGACAAGCCUCUGCGGAGGGUGUCUUCUUGGCGGAGGCAUCUCAGCACUGUUGCUCGCAAUAUAUAGCAUGAGCUAUAUUAUCGCCCCGGCAGUGGGCAGAAUACAGAGGUCCUUCAGUCUCCAUAGAAUUCUGUUACUCCCACUUGCCUACAAAACCAGCCUUUUACGCCGGAUACGCAUAGCUCAGAUAAUGCUAGAACCACCUAUUGGUUCCUUCUGCAAGAGCUUCCUGAGAGGUAUGUGCGAUGGGCCAACUGGAGACAGGCGUGGAAACUAGCUAUAAGCAGUGUGCUUGCUUGCUAGUUAUUGAGAAUUCUCAAGAAGGGAGACGCUUAUUGAUGUCGGCGACGAGAAGGGAGAUGCAGGAAGUUCUAGUUCAGGCGGAGAGGGAAGCUGUGGCCUGUGAGAGCUCUCAGUUCCAGUCUUGACAAGAAGGGUAAGGCUCCUUUGCAUGGUGAUUCAGCUCCUUAUACAGAGAAUGAGCACGGAUCAGAAGGUAUUCUUCCCAAAGCUUGGGGGGAGACAGAUCAUCCCCAGGAGAAAGGAGGGAGCGUCACGCCGGACAUGGGUGUCGGUUGCUUCGGGACACCUGGCAAGGCCGGUGACGAGUCUAGUUACGGAUGAGGAUGUGGAAAAAACUUCGAGCAUACUUCACUAGCUAGGGCUGUGAAGUUCUCGAAGGAAAAAUUGAAGGAAGCUAGAGAGGAAUCGUGUUGUGCCCCCAUUGGAAGAACUUUGGGAAGACGAGUGGGUCUAGAUUUUCUGGCAACUCUCUUCAAGAGCAUUGGAAACUUGUAUAGAAUUUUGAGGUUUUUCCUAUGGGUGGAGAUCACUUCGUCUUCAAAUUUCUUUCUGAAGAAGAUAAUCAUGAGGACACAACCAAGAGACCUUGGAUGGUGGGAGGUCAGGUUCUUGCUUUGGAACCUUGUGAAACCCAAUUUCAGGGCUUCAAAAAAACUUAUAAGCAGGGAAACUAUUUGGAUGAGAAUGGAUUAGUAAUGGAAGAAGGAGAGUGCCUUUCAAUGGCUGGUUUUCAACACAGAAUCUGAACCUUGGUUUUCAACUCAGCCAAUUUGCAGAAGGCUUAAUUUUGUGCUAUAAUAUUGAUUGGUAGCCCAUUUAUCCAACGGUUAAUCACCUUGUGUUAGAACUUAGAAGAUGGGUCUUGGAACUGUGAUGCUAUACAACGGUGCUUCCCUCAACCAGUAGCAGAUCAUAUUUUGAAUAUUUCAACUUGCAAUCAAAGGCGGGAGGAUAUCUUGUGCUGGGGUGAAAGCUAUAGAACCGAAGUAUCCAUGGAAGAAGUUUAUUCCCCUAUUUUUCAUACUGAUCAAGUGCAUACUCAUAAGAUUCAACAGGUCUAGAGGCUGAAAGAGCGGAGUAGAGUGCAAUUGUUUUUCGUGGAAGUUAAUGAAAAGUAAGCUACAUACGGCUAAUUAUCUCUCACAUAUUAUUCAAACCAUCUCAUCUAUCUGUGGUAGAUGUGAGAGGGAUCCAGAAAUGAUCGAUCACAUCUUCUUCCAAUGCACUAAAGUUACACCUAUUUGGAUAGCCAUUCGGCCGUUUGGAAGACCUCUGCUUAUCUCUACUAACCGAGUUCUUCACUUCAUUCUAUCCAAAGCGGAUUCUGAAGAGAAUUCAUUGUGGCAGUCUUGUUUAGCCUCUCUCUCGUGGAUUAUGUGGAAAAGUAGGAAUGAGUUCUUGUUUCAAGACCAAGAUAGAGCGCCUAUGGAGAUUCUUGGUGCUGCAGACGGAAUAGUUAGUGAAUGGUACGACUCCAUGAAUGAUAGAAAGCUCAAGGAAAUCAAAACUCAGUACAGAUGGUUCUUCUGCUUUUAUAACUCUAAUAAUGCAGAUGCGGGUGUUGUUCUCAGAAACCAUGAUGCCAACGUGUUACAUGCUGGCUCCAGGAUCUUACCAGCCCAUUCUCCUCUCCUGGCCGAGGCGUGGGCACGUGUUAACAGCCAAAAUCAUGAGUAAAUUGGGAGC